CCCGAAAAAAUAAUAUCCAAAACUCCCCCAACUCUCUCUCUCUCUCCCUCUCUGAAAACAAACCCUAACUUUCUCUCUCCUCGAAUCCGCCUGCGAAUGGUGUGAGAAUUAGGGCUAGAGGUUUGAGAUCGUGAAGGAUCUAGGUAGACGAAUAAACGCGAAAGCUGCAUAAAUGGCAUCGACCGACAAUGAGCUCGAAGCACAGCUAUUGGAAGCUGGGAAUCAACUCCUGGAGCCGCCGUCCACCGUCGACGACCUCCUUCCUCUUCUCGACAGGGUUGAAAGUUGUCUAUCAAAGGUAGAACAAUCACCAAACAAGUCAAUGCAAGCCGCACUUUCACCGUCGCAGAAGGCGUUGGUUGCUGAUCAACUUUUAAGGCAUUCAGAUCCUGAUGUCAAAGUUUCAGUUGCGUCUUGCAUCAGUGAGAUAACAAGAAUAACAGCACCUGAUGCACCAUAUGAUGAUGACCAAAUGAAGGAGGUCUUUCAGCUUAUUGUAUCUUCAUUUGAAAAUCUAGAUGACAAGUGCAGUCGAUCAUACACAAAGAGGACAUCCAUUCUUGAAACUGUUGCAAAGGUCAGGUCCUGUGUUGUAAUGUUGGAUCUUGAAUGCGAUGCAUUGAUCGUUGAGAUGUUCCAGCAUUUUCUCAAGGCAAUAAGGGAUUAUCACCCAGAGAAUGUUUUCUCAUCGAUGGAGACAAUUAUGACCCUUGUUAUAGAAGAAAGUGAAGACAUAUCUUUUGAACUUCUUUCUCCCUUAUUAGCUAGUGUGAAAAAUGAUGAUGAGGACAUUUUACCAAUUUCUCGGAAGUUGGGCGAAAGAGUAAUCGAAAACUCUGCUAUUAAACUUAAGCCCCACCUGGCACAGGAAGUAGAAACCCAUGGCAUUGCAUUAGGUGAUUACAGUAAAGUAGUAGCUUCGAUAUGCCAAGAGACAGCUGGUGACACUGAGCAGAAUGAAGUGCACGAUGACGAAGAUGUGGAGGACAAGUCAACAAUCCGGGAAUCUUCGGAAGAGGCAGUCCAGGACACUUUGUCUUUGCAGGUGGAUAAAGAAAAUUCCACCGCAGCAGUUUCUUCUGAACAAGUUGAUACUGUUAUUGAUGGAUCCUCAAAGGUAGUUUUGAAUAAUGGUGGUGCAGCAACUGGGGAAGAUGAAUGUUCGGCUGAUUUGAACUCUUUAAAGAAGCAAGAGCAGGGUGAAGAUACCGAGGAAGUCAAAGGUCCAAAUACAUCAAGUGUUGCUGAACCUGAUAGUUUGGAGACUGAGAAGGCUGUUGAUGCAAAACAAAUGCCAGAAGAAGUUAGCGAGGAUAAAGAUAAGGAUUCUAAUUUGUCAACAGCACAACCUGCAGACAGUCCUCAAGCUGAUAAUGAGGAAGAAACCGAGGCACUUCCGCCCCAUAAAAGUGGCUCUGAAGAUGCUCCCGGUUCACCUCAUGAGGUUCCUGAUGUGGAGGCAGCUGUGCCUUCAGAAAAUGAGAAAGGGUCGGAUAUAAAUCUCUCCACUGCAUUGGAGAAGGAAUCAACUGAUGUUGCUCCCCCAUCCCCAAGUGGGAGCCUUCCUGAUGAAAGUCGUCCCAAAAAGGCUGGACGACAUAAGAAGAAAGAUACUUCUAAUAAAGAGGCUACACCUGUUACUGAUGAUGAAUCCAAAAAGGCAACUGAUGGAACAAGUGAUUCAGAAUUAAGAUCAAGUAAGCACUCUGGGAAAAAGGUCUCUGCUGGGGGUUCUAAUGAGAAUAAAAGUCCCAUUGUGGUGGAUGCAUCUAGAAAGGAAAGUGGCACUGCUAGUGAUUCAGAGGUAAAACAGAAGUCAUCUAAGAAGGUUUCUACUGGGAAUUCUAAGGAGAAUAAUACUUCAGUUGUGGUAGAUGCACCUAGAAAGGAAAGUAGCAGCACAAGUGAUUCAGAGGCAAGACAGAAGUUAGCUAAGAAGGUUGAUGGAAGCAAUAAGACUAGUGAUGAGUCUUCUUUGAAGCAGCCAGAAGAUAAGAAGAAGCGUGCACGCAGUAAAGUUUCUUCAAGAAGAAGCUCAACAAAAUCCUCGGCCAUGGAAGUUGACAAGGAGAUAUUGUCGACACCCAAGUCAAAAUCUACCAAGAAUGAACUUCCAUUGGAGGAGACUCCUAAGACAAAUUCCAAGAGGAAGCGUCCUUCGGAAAAAGAAAAGCAAUCUGGUGUAAAAGAGUUUGAUGACACUGAGGUGAUUGGUUCAAAGAUAAAAGUUUGGUGGCCAGCGGAUCGCAUGUAUUAUAAAGGUGUUGUCCAUUCUUUUGAUUCUGUUAAAAAGAAGCAUGUGGUGAAAUAUAAUGAUGGAGAUCAGGAAAUUUUGAAUCUUAAAAGAGAGAAAUGGCUGUAUGUAGAAGGUGACUCUGAAUCAGAUGGGGAGCAGGAAAAUGAUGAGUCGAGUCACGAUGGCUCUUCUGAACUGCCCCUGAAGAAGAAAGCGAAAAGUAAUCGUGAUGGAUCAACUAAGAAAGAAAAGAUGGAUGCUACACCCAAAUCGGGUGGAGGAGCUUCCUCCAGCAAAUCAAAAGGCAGAACCACAAAGUCUGGUCGUAAGCAGAGAGACAGCAGUAAACCUGAUGGCAGAUCCAAAGGUGAUACAUCCAAGGCUGUUGGCAAAACAGAUGAUGAUUGUGUUGGAAAAUUAAAGGAUCAAACUCCAAAAAGUGGUGGUAAAUCAGUGGAUGUUGCUCAGAAGACAUCCAGCAAAUCAAAGAACAAUGAGUCCCAGACACCUAAGAGUAGCAAAUCCAAGGAGGAUGAUAGCAACACCCAAAGAGUUUCAAUUAAGUCCAAGCAAGACAUGCAGAAGGCUGGGAAGUCAAAUCAAGGCACACCAAAGACUAGUGCCUCCACUCCCAAGGGUAAAUCCUCUCUGAGUAGUAGCAAAGCAAAUGGCAAGGUGAAAUCUGGUUCAAAAGCAAGAGAGAGCGAGGAUAUGGAGGAGGACUCCACUGAUUCGGAAAAAGCACCAGAAAGGACCAAGGGAAAGUCAACAAGUUCAUCUAAGGCACAGGGAAGCCAGACCAAGUCUGGUAAGAAGCGAAGGAGAGGAACCAAAAGUUAAUCAUUCUCGUCUCUUUCAGUUGGGUUUUGCCUUCAUAUUUGGCAAGAUCCCCAGAUUUGUGGCAAGAAUUGUUACAUCCCCCGUUUGAUAGUCUGGUUGUAGGGGUAAUCUAGUUUUAUUUCAUAACCAUGUUAUUAGAAAAGAUUAUUGUUAUUUUGGAGGCAAACAGUAGAGAAGUUUGGGUUAGCUUUGUUGAUUUUAUAGAUAAUGUUGUUAGAUCUGCAGAUGUGCUGCCAGAGUACCGAAUUCUAAAUUAAAGGCUGUUGUGUUCUUCUUCC